AUGAAGAAGGUGUUCUCCUGCUUCCACACAGACGGGGACGGCAGGAUCUCGCCCUCGGAGCUGGCGGCCAUGUCGCGCGCCAUCGCGCCGCCGGCCACCGAGUCGGCAGGGGGGCGGGAGGUGGCGUCCAUGAUGGACGAGCUCGACACCGACCGCGACGGCUACGUGGACCUCGGUGAGUUCACCGCCUUCCACGGCCGCGGCCGCGGGGAGCGCGAGCCAGACGCCGAGCUGCGUGAUGCCUUCGACGUCUACGACAUCAACGGAGACUGCCGCAUCUCCGACGCCGAGCUCAGCAAGGUCCUGUCCCGGAUCGGCGAGGGUCUGCUUGUUCUUGGUGUGUUGGUUGUGGUGUGGUUCAGCACCGGCUACAUCACCAUAAAGGACAAGGUGGUCACCGGCAUGCCCAUCAAGAUCGUCGGCGUUGCCGCUCUCACGGUCCUGCUAUUUUCUAAAGUCAUCUGGGCACUAUUAUACCUAAAGGGUUACCAUUCCUUGCAGUCCUAUAGGAUAGCUCAUGUAUUAUGGAAUCAAGGGCGUAAGGUUCUGGCGUUGGCGCUGCAAAGCCGUAUCAGCGAGGUUUUUGCAGUGGAUAUACACCCCGCUGCCAAAAUUGGGGAAGGAAUAUUGCUGGAUCAUGGAAUAGGUCUAGUCAUUGGUGAAACUGUUGUUGUUGGCAAUUGGGUUUCAUUAAUGCAGGUGCCAUGCAUCACACUCUUCUUGCUAUUUUUUAAUUUAAAAUAAAGUACUAUUCAAUACAAUUUUUAAUUCCAUCCACAGUUUAACUUCUUUUCCUUCUUGCUUGGUUGUUGGCCCUCUCACAAUAUCUUGUUUGCUAUAGUUUCAUUUGUCCUUGUGCAAAUAAUUGAAUAUUUCUUCCAUGUGCUUUUGCUAUAGUUUUUAUUUUAUUUAUGGGUUGAGGCCAGUAGUUGAUCUUUGUUCUCUCUCUCCGCCCA